UAUUGUAUUCUGAACUUUGGCUUCGGGGACGACACGGGAACGAGACAGACUUAACAAAUCGAAUCGUCUCGGAGCAGGGAAGGCGGAAGGAAGGAUAAUGAGGAAAGGGCAUGGAGCCGCGAUCCCGUUCCUUGGUUAACUUUCGGGGCUCGAUUCUGCAGGUCGUCCCAACAGAUACCCUUCCAAUCUCCGUGGUUGGAUUCCAACCUGGAUAGUCGAGCGCGCCUUUGCAUGGGUCCUGACGCGCCUGCGCAGUUGCCGUAAUGUAGGCUGGGGCGGUUCCUCCGGUCGGCUUUGCUCCGCCGCUCAGUUCUCCUCCGCCCCCUCCGCGGAAUAGCCUUCGUCACCGCCGCCUUCAGCCGGGAGAGAGGAACGGAAGAGGCGCGCCUCCUCUUUUCCCUCCACGACAACAGCGGCGGCAGCGACAACCUCCGAGGAAGCGAGUUCUGGGUGAGGGGCGACAGAGGCGAGGCUCGCUCUCCCGCCGGGGGCGCUGUCUUGUCCGGCGUGCGAAGGGGAGGUGGUGUGCUAAAGAGAAAGGCGAAAAGGAGCAUUAUGAAUGUUUCCAGAUGAAGAACAACAAAUAACACAAACCAUGGAAAAGAUACUGAAAGAUUUUGACAAAGGCCCACAACAAAGUAUUUCUGAUUUUGUAGAUUUGAGUAGUAGUUACCAACAAUCUUUUGAAGAGGUUUCUAUGAACCAAAGCUCUAUGCAUCUUCCAUAUGAUUCUCCCAUCACAGAAUCUUCAUUGCAAACAUCUCAUUCUCUCACUGUACCUUUAGAAGAGGAUAGUGUAUUAUUCAACAAACUGUUGUACCUUGGAUGUAUGAAGGUUUCUGCUCCCCGCAGUGAAGCAGAGGCUUUGUGUGCCAUGGCAACUUUGAAAAACUCAAAUCAUUCUCCAUCUCCUGUAACUCUUUAUUUACCAAAUAUUCCAGAUGGUUCUGUUAGAAUAAUAGAUCAGUCCAGCAGUACAGAAAUUGCUUCUUUCCCAAUCUACAAAGUAUUGUUCUGUGUCCGUGGGCAAAAUGGGACUUUGGAAUGUGACUGCUUUGCCUUUACUGAGAGUUACUCUGGCACUGAGGAGUUUCAGAUUCAUGUCUUCUCUUGUGAAAUUAAAGAGGCAGUCAGCCGAAUUUUGUAUAGUUUUUCAACAGCAUUCAAACGUUCUUCCAAACAGGCAUCAGAUAAUGUAAAGGAUGCUAUUGUUUCAAGUCCUGACAGUGAUAUAUUCAUAUUCACUGUUUCUUUAGAGGUCAAAGAAGAUGAUGGUAAAGGAAAUUUCAGUCCAGUACCAAAAGACAGAGAGAAAUUUUACUUCAAACUAAAGCAAGGCCUUGAGAAGAAGGUUAUCAUCACUAUAAAGCAGAUAUCCAACAAAGAAUUAGCCAUUGAAAGGUGCUUUGGAAUGCUGCUAAGUCCAGGUCGAAAUGUCAAAAACGGUGACAUGCACUUACUGGAUAUGGAGUCUAUGGGGAAAAGUUCAGAUGGUAAAGCUUAUGUAAUAACUGGUCUUUGGAAUCCUAAUAUACCUAUCUUUUUAGUCUUAAAUGAAGAAACUCCUAAGGAUAAGCGUGUGUAUAUGACUGUGGCAGUAGAUAUGGUAGUCACAGAAGUGGUAGAGCCAGUUCGUUUUCUGUUAGAGACCCUUGUGCGGGUGUAUCCAGCCAAUGAACGCUUCUGGUACUUCAGCAGGAAAACGUACACAAAAACAUUCUAUAUGAAAUUAAAACAGUGUGAAAGAAAAGGCAGUACAAAUACUGGAGAUGCAAUCUAUGAAGUCUUGAAUCUACAUUGCAAUUCUGAAAAAGAGGAAGAAGCCAUUAGUCCACUAAGCUUUGCUGAUCAAAUUUCUUUGCAAGAGGAUGAUGCUGAAGAGGGAAGUGAUAAUGAACUCUCAAGUGGUACGGGUGAUGUAUCAAAAGAUUGUCCAGAGAAGAUACUGUAUUCUUGGGGAGAGUUGUUGGGGCGAUGGCAUAAUAAUCUGGACAUGCGACCAAAAGGUCUAUCUUCAUUGGUGAAAAGAGGUGUACCAGAGGCUUUGAGAGCUGAAGUGUGGCAGUUACUAGCAGGAUGUCAUGAUAAUCAGGCGAUGUUGGAUAAAUAUAGAAUUCUUAUCACAAAGGAUUCUUCCCUCCCUUGGGAUAUGAACAAGACAAAGAAAUUCUGACACAACAUGUUCUGGACAUGGAAAUCAACAAGACCAGCCUCUCCCACCCAGGAACAUUUUUUCUGGUAGUAUAUUUUCGUAUUGGCAAGAUAAUUAGAUUGGAUCACAAUGUUUCAGUUGAGAAGAGCAUCAAUUUAAUGUUCUGCCGUCAUCUAUUCUGGAAGGCAGACACAAAUAAUUCCAUAUGUUGCCUGGCUGUGGCUAUGUAAUAUAGGUGCUGUAAAAUCAAUUGCCCACAUUUUAUUAUUUUUAUAGGGGAAUUACAGUCUCUUAUAGUAUUUUCCUUGAAGUAUCCAAGUCAUUUUGCUAUCUUCUAUAGUACAGACUCUUUUUUUUGGCUCCAGAUAGACUCUUAUCUCCCUGGAUAUUGCCAAAUUCUAUUAUGCUGCCAGUAAGUAGGAUCCAAGUUUACUAAUCCCCAUAUUUGUCAGUAUAGUACAACUGUGGUUAAAUCUUGAAUAAUUCUGAAUAGACAUACACAAAAUAUUUUAUUUUUGCCUACUUCUGUCUUAAAAUUUCAGUUUAAUGUCACUAAUAUUGAGUACUUAGGACAAACAACAGUUUCAAAUAACAAUUGUUUCCUAAUAUUAGAGAUUAUUUAUUGCUAUAACAAUAGUUGUAAAAUUCUUUUCUAUUUCAUUAGCUUAUGUUUUGUAUCUGGCCUUCCUGUUCUAUUUUUAUGUUGUUUGUUGAUUGUUUUGUUUUAUACUGGUCUUUAAACAAAAUUAACUUUGAACUUGAUACUAAUUUCACAGUUGGCAUGUACUGUAGGUAGUACUAAUGUUGGCCAUUAAGUAUAAUAACAUUUUGUUGCAAUAGUCUUGAUUCUGCAGUAAUGAAUUAAUACAGUAGUAUUAAUGAAGUAAUGAUUAAUACAGGCUAGUAGUAAUUUGGCUUCUUUCUGAGUAGUUGAGUAAAAAUUCUCUGAGAUAUAGAGUAUUUGUAGCCUCCAGUCUGGAACUUCUCUUAUGUGUCUGUGGGUCUUUUUUCAGUCUUUUAGUUGUACUUCUAGCAGCACAUAAUUCCUUCAUGUUUGGUAGGGAAGCUGUUUUAUCUUUUUGGCAUGCCAGUUUUGCUUCUGACUUCCCAGGAAUUGAGAGGUUGUAUUGUUCACUUUCACUGGCUUAAGAAGCCCUUCCAAAAUUAGAUGUUGCCUCUUCCUUAGUUGGUUCUGUGCUUAGCAUUAUACUAUAAUGAAACACCAGUUCACAAAAAGCAAAGCACUCUUCUGGGUACAAAUUUUUUUAAAAAUAAUAAAAAUAAAUAAUUGCACACUGAAAUAAAAAAAAAAGCUCUUUAGACUUUAACCUACAUACUUGCUACAGCAGUUGUGCAAUGAAAUCUUCCUCAGAUGCAUGGAAUAUUGUCCUGUGGAAUAUAGGAACAUUCCCUUCCAUUAGGGUGGAGCAUCAAGGCAGCUAAUGUAGACCAUAUAAUGUGGCGUAGUAAUGUAGUCCAACCUAUGCUUUAAUCAAUUUUUGAAUCUUUAAAGUACCACAAGACUUUGUUAUAGCUGAAUUGUACAAUAACACCCCCAUGUUACAUAUAAUAAGUAAUAUGGCAUCAAUCUAGACAUAUUAGCAAUCUAAUAUGCUCCUUUAAAAGUCUCUGUAAAUGCUCAAAUUGUACCUUCAAGUGAUCAUAAGAUGUAAGAUGGUUCAUGCCUUAAAACACUUCCUUGUCACAAGGAAUUCAGCAAUUUAGAAUUUCUUUUUAUUGUUCCCUAACUAAAUACAACCCCCCCCAACAAGAAUACAUAACAUUAUAAAAGAAAAAAAGGAACAAAAACAGGGCAUAUAUUCAGCUACAUGCAUACAUAGAUACAUUUGUAUAAUAACCCUUUAAAUGAAUGGAGGACAUAAUUAGUUACAAUCAUCCAUAGCUUAUCUAUAUUGAUCAAUUCUGUAGACCAUUAAAUAAUUGGAGCUGCAUGUUUUUCUUUCUGAUGCUGAGUAACAUGUCUUAACUGUAAGUAAAGUAUAGAAAAUCUUUGUUUAUUCAGAUGUCAACUCCCAUGAAAUAGGAUAAACUUUAAAAUAGUAUAAACAUUUGAAAAUAUCGAAUCUCAAAGUUGAGGUAAUGCAUGUAAUACAAGUAACACUUUUCCUAAACGGAACAGUUGUUGGACACUAUAGAAAGAUGUUUAAAUAAGUUAUUAAUUGUACUGCAUCUCCAACAUUAGCCUUUUUAUAUAAAUGCAGUGAUGUCAUUAUUUGUUGAAAAAGAUAUAAUCUAUAAUCUAAAAUCUGCCCGUUCUCUAGAGUUAUGUGUAGUGAGGAUUUCUGAAGGAUGAAAAAGACAUUUUUCAUUUCUGGCAUCAAGUUUAAUUAAAUAUAUGUUGCUAAAUAACCUUUAUUCCUGAGUUGUUGUAGUUGAAUUACAGUAGUUAGUAAUACUGCUAUCUGUCAAAAUACCCUGAAAUAUUGCAAUAUGUCAAAUAUAUAUGGUGGAUGAUGUUUUCAGCCUACAGACCCUAAACAUUAAAUAUUAUUUGAGGAUGCUAGCUCAAGGGGAAAAAUGUAAAAUCAAAUUUUAUGCUUUGUUAACUGAGUUUCUUUGAAACUUACUGACUAUAAAAUAAAGCUACACAUUUCAUAAAUUUAACUAGCUUAAAAUAAAACAAAUCUUAAAAUUAAACUUAUAAAAAUAAUACUGUGUGAUAAAAAGGCAGAUAGCUGAGGCUAUACUGUUUGCAACCAAAAUGAACAAACAUUGGAAUGCCUAGUGGAAAAACACUUUAUAGCACAUUUUUCAGACCACAACAGUGUUCUUUUGAGCAGGGCAUCUCCCCUGGAAAGUCUCUGUUCUAGACCAAAGAAUUUUCUCUAAAUACUGUAUUUGACGUUUUUUGUCUAAGGUAGAAGAUGGAUGAGAAUGAGGAUGAUGAAAAUAGUAAAAAUGUAUGUGAGACAAAGCUAUACAAUAUAUAGACUUAUGGGUGUGAUUCAGUGUGUUGAUUGUCACCUGUAUAGCAUAUGACCAGGCUUUUCGAGAAACCACCUGUCCCUGUUGUUU